CACACACACACACACACACACACACACACUCAGAGGCAGAUCUUGCUCUCAUGGCUUCUCUCAGCGCUGCCUCCCUCCUGGCUCUGAGCUCCCUGAUCUGUCACCUGGCUGCUUCCUCUGCAGUCCUGAAGCUGAACCUGACAGCUCGACCUGGAGACGAUGUCACCCUGAGCUGUCAGGCUCCUGAUGGUGUCGACAUCAGAGCAGCAGAGUGGAGCAGAACUGACCUGAAGGAUCCAGAAUAUGUUUUCUUUUAUCGAGACAGGCACUUUGACUUAGACUACCAGCAUCCAUCUUUUAAGAACCGGGUGGAGCUGAAAGACAAAGAGAUGAAGAACGGUGACCUGUCUGUGAUUCUGAAGAACGUGACGGAGGAGGACAGUGGAACAUACGUGUGUCGAGUGUUUACAGUUGCUGAUGCCAAACAUGUGUGUAACGAUAUUCUUGAAGAACUAAUAGAGGCAGCCAUAAUUAAAACUCGUCCCAUCAGCACCAUCAGGCUGGAGGUUGUAGAUCCAGCACUGAACCUGAAAGCUCGACCUGGAGACGAUGUCACCCUGAUCUGUCAGGCUCCUGAUGGUGUCGACAUCGCAGCAGCAGAGUGGAGCAGAACUGAGCUGAAGAAACAAGAAUAUGUCUUCUUUAAUCGAGACGGACACAUUGACUCAGUCUACCAGCAUCCGUCUUUUAAGAACCGGGUGGAGCUGAAAGACAAAGAGAUGAAGAACGGCGACCUGUCUGUGAUUCUGAAGAACGUGAAGAAGGAGGACAGUGGAACAUACGAGUGUCGCUUUGCAGCUGCUGGUGCCAAACGUGGGAAGAGAUCCUUCAUUAAAGCUCCUCCCAUCAGAACCAUCAGGCUGGAGGUUGUAGAUCCAGACACUUCAGAUGGAGACAAAAUGAGUCAAAACUCUGUGAAUGACCCUGAAGAACCUGUUGGGAGUGAUCAUGCUGCAGCAGCUGUAGUUCCUGUACUGGCAGGGCUUAUUGUGGUUCUUUCUGCUGUGGCUGUUCUGUUGCACAGAAAACAUAAAGCAAGUGCGGAACACAGAGAAGUGCACAGUGAGGAUGCAUGAACUCCUCAGCUGAAAGCAGGAGUGUGUUAGGAGUGUGUCAGGAGUGUGUUGUGGUUCUGGAUCCAGAUGCUGCCUCAGCUGAACUGUAGCUGUGUGUGAGUCGGGUG